UUCAAACAUACGCCCAUCGAUCUCAAUACAGCAUCGAUACGUUUGAUUGAGAUCCUUCCCCCUAGUCCCAAUGGCACAAUACAGUGCAACAUCCGGAAUGCGACGGUAGACUCUGAGUACACCUGCCUGUCUUACGUCUGGGGUUCAGCAAGCCACACCAACAACAUCCUCAUCGACGGCAAGCUUUUUCAAGUGCGAAGAAAUCUUUUUGAAUUUCUGGAGAUGAUAAGCGCAAAGCAAGUUAUAACAAAGCAAGAGACGACAAGGCUUCACAGUGACAAAAGCCCAACGUUCGACCUCAGUCACGCAUCUCGAUCUCUCUGGAUUGAUGCGAUGUGCAUUGACCAGGAGAAUGUGGUGGAGAAACAUCAUCAGGUUAAACAAAUGGGUGAAAUUUACUCAAAUGCGCACUGUGUUCUCGUUUAGAUGGGAGACGACCGUAUGAUUGCUUCAUUUUUUCGCUUCAUGAAGGGGAAAGAUGCAGCCCCUUACUCACUGUUCCCUAUCGACAAAUCAGGCGCCCUUGAAGACUUCAUUCAUAACGAAUAUUGGAGGCGCGCGUGGAUAACUCAAGAGAUAAUUUUGGCCCGGGAUGUUUACUUUGUUGCAGCAGGCGAGGCAGUAAACUCAAGCGUCCUCGAUAGUGGAGCCCGAGGGAUUAUUGAAAGAUGCAUUCAGGGUCGGCAAUGGCGACCAGAUGAUCGCAAUAUAUUACCAGUCAAAUCGCGCACUUUGUUGGAGUCUUUGUGGCAUUUCCGGGGCAAAGAAUGCGCGAAUCCACAGGACGCUGUCUACUCGCUCCUUUCAAUCUGCCAUGAUGGCCAUAGUCUUACAGUCGAUUACAGUGUUUCUAUGGUCCAAUUGGCUCUGAAUGUUCUCAAAAUUUACCAGCAAGACCUCUGUCUAUGUCGAGCAAAGAUUGUACUACAAGCCUUGACGAUCGACUUCGCCAUCACGGACCGAGACUCUUCUUUUAUAUCCGACGCAGAUAGACCCUUUGCAGAAAUUCACCUACCAAAAUUGCCAGUCGACACUAGGUAUUGUGAUCGCUGCAAUGGAAACAUACGCCUAGCUCAUCUCAGACAAAGUUACCCUAUCAGCCAAAUGUACGUGUACUGCCUUGGCUGCCAGCACUCAAUAUGGCCUGCGCUCGGAAAGGCUCAAAACAAUUCUUUCGGCGUAAUUUCCCGGUCACAUCACAUCUCUCGCUUCGGACAUAUUGUGUUCGCGCAGGUAAGCCAUUCUGCCAGCCAAAACGGCCGGGAUGAAAUGAAUGGCACGUUUUUCAAGUUUUGUCUCAGGAAGUAGCAGAAAUCGAAAACGGCGUAGAAAUCAUAAGAAUUGAUACGGACAGCUCAUGUGCAGUUCUUCGACUUUCCGUUAAGGCUAUUUGCGAGCUGGCGUCCCAUUAUCCCGAAAAGGAAGUCUCUCAAGACGCAUAUCACUUUUUGCAGGUGGAUC